AUGAAAGUGUUGAGAGGUGAAGGUGUCUUCAUCAAACCCUAUGCGGGUAAAGAUCAUCGUGAGCUUGUUGAACUGAUCAAUUUGGAUCUAGUUGCAUACCCAAUGUACGACAAGGUGCUGCAUGUUUUUGAAGCUCCCACCCCAAGCUUAGAGGUGUUGAAGGAAACACUCGCCAAAGUUCUGGUAGAGUUCAGAGAAUGGGCAGGGAGAUACACGAAAGGCACACCUAGUGGGUUCCUUGGAAUCAAUCUGAAUGACAAGGGUGUGCUUGUCGUAGAAGGCAAAGCAGAUGGGGCAAUAGUAGAUGCAAUGCCCUUCCUCCCAUCUGCAUUCCUCCUCAAGUUGGUGCCACCCACAUCCACCAUGGUCAAUGAGCUCUUACUCAUUCAGUUUACUCGAUUCACUUAUGGAGGGUUGGUGAUAGGCAUAGCUAGUCAUCAUCAUGUUGUAGACGGACAAGCAGCUACUUUUUUCAUGAAUUCGUGGGGGAAAAUUAUUAGAGGAGAGAGUAUUAUACCUCCAGUACAUGACCGAUCUUUAUUAAAAGAAGGGGAUCCUCGCCAACCAUGCUUCGAUCAUUAUGACUAUAAUAAUAUGUUCCAUGAGCACUCUCUAAUGAUGUCUACUCUAACCACAAAAGAGUUUCAUUUUGAUGCAAUGUUUUUACAGAAACUCAAGUCAAAGCUAAAUGGUUCUUACAAAUCAAAGAAACCCUAUACUACUUUUGAAAUCCUUGUUGCCCAUAUGUGGAAAUGCAUUACAAAAGCUUGA